AUGGGAAUAGCUACAACACCUCCAUUCCCUCCAAUUCUCUCUCACUCAAAGACCCACCAGUUAAUCCCUCCAAUACUCCAAAACGCUAAGUCUAAUCCUUCAAAUCAUAAUUCUAUGUCCCAAGAUUACCAUCAAGGUAUCUUUUCCUUCUCGAAUGGCGGUUUCGAGAGAUCCUCAGUUUCUCACCAAGAACAUAAUCAGCAGCAACAACAUCAGCAGCAGCAGCACCAUAUAGCUCAACAGAUCCGCAGGGAUAAGCUUAGAGUUCAAUCAGGCUAUGAACCGCCUCCAUCGGCAUUAGUAGGUAUUGAAGAAGAAGAAUCAAGUGGCCUUCCGGUCUACGAAACAGCCGGUAUGUUAUCAGAAAUGUUCAAUUUCCCUCCUGCUGGUGGACCAGCUGCGGCUGUUGAUUUGUUGGAUCAACCUAUACAGUCUAAUUACCGGACGCAGCCACGACAACAACAACCGGUGGCAACCAACGAUUGGUAUAGCAGCAGCAACAGGCAAGGUAUGGUAGUAGGAGGUUUGGGGAUAGGUGAUUCAAAGAAUCAUAAUAAUAAUAACAAUAACCGUGACAGUUUGGCUCAACAUCAGCAUCAAAUUUCAGGCAUUAAUGCAGAUUCAGCUGCAGCCAUGCAGCUUUUUUUAAUGAACCCGUCACAACCAAGAUCACCACAAUCUCCUUCUCCUUCUCAUCAUCAUCACCCUCCUUCAACUUCCUCCACACUUCACAUGUUGUUACCAAAUCCUUCAAGUUCUCUUCAAGGGUUUAGUACUGUAUCAGGAGGGGGUUAUGGUGCUACAAGUGUUAUAUCUCCACCACAAUUCACAUGGGUUCCUGAUAGUUCUCAUGAAGGAGGAAAUACUGGUGCUCCACUGAAUAAUCCAAGCGAGAUUAGUGGUGUUGUUGAAGGACAAGGACUUUCUUUAUCAUUGUCAUCAUCUUUGCAACAUUUAGAGGCAGCUAAAGCAGAAGAAUUGAGGAUGGGAGAUGGUGGCUUAUUGUAUUAUAACGAAGGAGCUGGAGGAUCAUCUUCUAGUCAAUAUUACAAGAAUUUGGGAGGUCAACAGCACCAUCAAGCAUUACAUUUACAAGGUGGAGUGGGACAAAACCACCACCAAGUUCAUGUUGGCUUUGGGUCAUCAUUAGGAAUGGUGAAUGUUUUAAGGAAUUCGAAGUAUGUGAAAGCAGCACAAGAGUUGUUAGAAGAGUUUUGUAGUGUUGGAAGAGGUCAGUUCAAGAAAAGCAAAUUUGGUAGACAAAACACAAACCCUAGUUCCAAUAACAAUCUCGGUGGUGGUGGUGGUGGUGGCAGUGGUGGUGGUUCUUCUUCAUCAACAAAAGAUCUUCCUCCCUUGUCAGCUGCUGAUAGAAUUGAGCAUCAAAGAAGGAAGGUCAAACUCUUGUCCAUGCUUGAUGAGGUGGAUCGAAGGUACAACCAUUAUUGUGAGCAAAUGCAGAUGGUAGUGAACUCAUUUGAUCUAGUAAUGGGUUUCGGGGCGGCGGUCCCUUACACUGCCCUUGCCCAGAAGGCGAUGUCAAGGCAUUUUCGGUGCCUAAAAGAUGCAAUAGCAGCACAGUUGAAGCAUAGCUGUGAGUUACUUGGUGAGAAAGACGGUGCCGGGACCUCAGGCAUAACAAAAGGAGAGACUCCCAGGCUUAAGUUAUUAGAGCAGAGUCUAAGACAACAAAGAGCCUUUCACCAAAUGGGUAUGAUGGAACAAGAAGCAUGGAGACCCCAAAGAGGCUUGCCUGAACGAUCUGUCAACAUUUUAAGAGCCUGGCUUUUCGAGCAUUUUCUCCACCCGUACGUUACUUUUACCUAA